AUGCAUGGUGCUUUGGCAGCGGCAACCAAUACCUUGGAUUCGAGCGCGAUGGAAUCGAGCAUUGUACAGGCCUAUAUCCAUUUCGAGAAGGCACACGCUAUCAAUGCUAGUCAACGUGAGGGGAAGAUAUCAUCGACAGAUGCGCGUAAAGUAAGAUGGCUUGUAAUCUACGGGACACUGCAAUAUCUGGUGUCCGCUCUUCGCGCACCGAAAGAGGUUCGCGAUUCGGAAAGCCCAGAAUACGCUCUGUGUUACGUCGCGGAGCCCAUCGCUUCGACUACCAACAGCGGUGCUACGACCCCUUUGGCCACACCCUCGGUCAAUGUACCGUUGGCCAUCGACGACUAUCUUGCGGAAUCUCAAAGCAGCCCCUACUCGAUAGAGCCCGACUGCCAAAGGGAGGAUUACUUCACGCCGCGAAAUCUAAGUCGGCGUGGAUCCAUGGAAGUCGCACCACUUAAGAUAUCUCAACCCCUUCGCUCGUCUUCGGUUCGCUCGUUCGCACGGCGAUCAUUAUCAGCUCGAGGUUCGCGAAGGAAUAGUCUCUCGACACCCAUACGAAGAUCUGUUGGCAUGAAUCAAGAAUUUGGAGAUCGAUCGAAAGACACAGCGUCAGUCUCGCAAGCUAGUUCUCGUCAGGUGUCGUCCACUUACUCGGAAUCUGUAUACUCAGAGCACUCGACGACACCCACAGCCGACAGUGGAGCUAAUCCCGAAACCUCAUGGCUCAGAUCGCCGUCGCCUUCUGCUUCCCGUAGCAGGCAGACCUCUACAGGUAGCACGGCCACACGCCCCCGUACGCCCCUACUUGAUUCCGUACAGCUUGAGCGUGCUACGUUUCCAACUUUCUCAAAAGCCACUGGGGAGCCACCCAGCCGAUCAGAUAGUACAAGCUCUACAGCAAGCUCACUGUGGAGUGAAGGUGCCGCAAGUGCCGCCUCAUCUAAGUCGAGUACAUCGGGAGAAGGCCCCGUUCAUAAGGUUAGCCCCGCAGAAGAGAGUGGGCUUCUAGGCGGGCUUGUGUCUUUUGAGACACCCAGAGCCACGGCACCAACCCUGCCACAAAGCGAAAUACACCCCCUACUACGACAACAAUCUCCACAAACCGACUUUGAGUUUGGCUUCGGAAAAGCAGAGCCAGAAAUCACUUACGAUGUCCAUGAACAUUCUAAUGGCAAUAUGAUGAUUGGCAUGGCUGUUUCUACUCCAUCAGUGCCGGCCAGAAGAUCUAGCUUGAAGCUUUUCCCAGAUACACAGCAUGCUGUCGCCACUGAACAGGCACGUUCUCUCAUUGCUGAGAGGAGGCCUUCUCUUCCUCGAAGCAUUUCUACUCCAUCCACCCUAGACACUUCGUCUAAGCAAGGCUCAGCAACUCCAUCGUCUACAACCACGACUCCAAGUGGCUACUGGGAACAGUACAAAGCCACUCUCACACAACAAAGAGCGCGAUCAAAGACCGUGUCUUCCAGCGGAUCUACUCCAUCUUCUAUUGUUAAGAUGCCUACAGUACUCAAGGCAUCCUUUGCGCGCAUUGGUCCUCGUAACGACGAAGAUCGCGGCGUUAAGAGAGAGCGCAGGCUUUCUACUCUAUGGCGACACUGA